ACUACCAAGGCCCCAAAGUGAAGAAGAAGAAAAAUUGCAGUCUUAUUACUUUGAGAUCCUAAGGAAUUUAAUCAUGCCAUGUUGGGGAAAUAAAGAAAUGGCAUGUUCAAGAUACAUGGUUAGUAUUAGGUCUGACCCAAUAUUCAGGCUCUUCCCACGUCAUUCUCUCACGAAUGAUUGUGUAUUGAUGAACAUAAUCUUUAAAGUGAAGACAUAUGUGGGUCGAGGAGGUAUCGGUUCUGAAAUUCGAGAGGGUAAGAGAUCGAAUCGAGUGUGGCCAUGGAAGACCGCCAUCCCUUUGGAUGUUCUAGUUCUAAGAGACUCUGCUAAAGGAUUCAUCUACUUCUUAAUUGACAAGUUCAUAUUCAUGGGCAUUCCCCAGAAGAUCAUAGCCUCCCUAGUAUGUCAAGUCAUGGUUCAACUGAGGGUGACCUCGAAGGACUUCACCGCUUCGCACCUUGAACCAACCAUUAAUGUAGCAUUGGAGGUAUUUCUGUCUGUGGAAAUUGAGAGGGAGAUUGAAGAAUACGAGGAUCCAGCGGAGAAAGAUUGAGAGGGAGAUUGAAGAGUUUGAGGAUCCAGAGGAGAAAGAUAAUGUGUGUGUGCCUGUCUGAGGUUGGUGUUCAAUAUGAUGAUGAUGCAUGGGAGAUGCCAUGUAACCACAUUUAUCACAUUGAUUGCAUUUUGCAUUUUGAAGUGGCUAGAGUCCCAUGAUUUAUGUCCAGUGUGCGCCGAUCUUUAUGAUAAAUGAUUGCAUUUUGAAGUGGCUAGAGUCCCAUUUUUUAUGUCCACUGUGCCGAUCUUUAUUUAUUAAAUAACAAGUCAAGGUAAGAGCAAAUACUUGUAUAUAUUGAUGAAACUUUCUGAAUUUGUUUUUGAGCAAAUACUGUCCUACA